CGUUUUACUCUUUGUCUUUGGACGAUGGUGUUAAACAAAUGGGCAGUAGUCAGCAAGAGUGCGCCACCGCCGGCUGGCCUCCGACCUUUAGCUAAAUACAUUCCUGACCACGCAAGGUUGCGCCCAGUAGAUUAUAAGGUUCCGUAUGUUCUUCGGCCUUUUAUAAAGGAUCUUCAUGAAAGCGAAGUGCAACAUCUUGAAAAUCGUGGCAUGUAUCGUGAGGAGCUAGCCAUCGAGCGCGGCCGCUUUCCUCGAUUACACAGGACUCUCACGAUUCAAACUGAUGGCUCAUUAAAUGAACGCGAAUUUGAAUUUGUAGUCCCACCAUUGGUAACUCUUUUCCAGGAUCGGUUGUCGGUUCAUCGUCAGCAACAACUCGCGCUUAGUACGAUUGGAAAAUCGAAGCGAAAAAAAAGCUGGGAAACAAAGCUCACUGGCAAGCCAUCACUCAACCCUGUCUGUAAUGUCAUUCUGUUUCCGUACUGUGUUCCGAAGAAGGUGCUUAUGCGACCACCUUUGGCGAAUCCACUUAGUACCAAAGUCAAGGACACCGCAUCUGAUACGGAUAACAAUUAGUGGUCAGACGGUGAGUUGGUGCCUACCCUGUGGUGAUAUGUCUAGAUAUCGAUAUUUAUUGAUUUCGUUGAGUGGGUGUCUAGCAAGACAUACAACAGCAACAACAACAAAA